UUCAUAGAUUGCUGCAUUAGUGUGACAUAAUUUACAUGCUCUGUUCUACUUUACCGCCAGCAUUUGGAUUCAAAUAUUACAAAAAGGGUUUUCCUUGUUAGCGUUCUAUUGCUUCUACUCACUCCCAGAACAUGAUAUAUCUUAAAAAUGUAAAUUACUAACAAAGUGAUUAGAUAGAUGAUCGUGAGAGAUGAAUUUGGGUAGAGUUUGUGUUGUUGUUUCAGGAAUGUGUAGAGAAGAUUUCUGGUAAAACCUCAAAAGAAAAAAGUGAAAGUAUAAUAGAAAAUUAUUGUUUUAAAAGAAAGAAAAGCUAAAUAAUUGUAGGAGUAUAUAUUUGUGAUUGUAAAUGAAAAGAAAAAUAAUUAUGGUCAUUUUUUUUGAUUAAAAACUAUGGUAAUUUGAAUUUCUUUUUCAAAGGUUUGUUAUUAAGUGGUGUUCUCUAAAAUAAUUUGAAGAACAACUCUACUGUCAACCACUAAAUUGUCUGUAUAUGCAAAAUACGCAUGUACGUACCUCUCACUUGCUGGGAAAUGAGCAACGGUUUUUUUAAUUCAUUCUACUGUAGUUUACUUUAGUCCAAUGGCUAAAAGUCAUAAAAUAUUAUUAGAAAUUAUAAAUAUUAUCCAAUACUCACAAAUGAAAGCUCGGUCCUCUCUGCGAAAGUAAGACGAACUUUCUCGUGGCUUUCGGCCAUGUAUUAUUACUGAUUGACUUCAGUUUGCUUUCCCUUGAGAAUUUUUUUUUGUCUCUUCACUCUCCUCAUCAUCUUCCAUGGCGGCCGCUUCUUCUUCUUCUCGCAGCUGGAGAUACGACGUUUUCCCAAGCUUCAGUGGGGUAGAUGUCCGCAAGACGUUCCUCAGUCAUCUUCUCGCGGCGCUCCACGGCAAAUCAAUCAUCACAUUCAUGGAUCACGGGAUCGAGAGAAGCUGCCAAAUCCGCCCUUCACUUUCAACUGCGAUAGCUGAAUCGAGGAUCUCAAUCGUCAUCUUCUCUAAAAACUAUGCUUCUUCAACGUGGUGCUUGAAUGAAUUGGUUGAGAUCCACAAGUGCUUUAAUGAUUUUGGUCAAAUGGUGAUUCCAGUUUUCUACGACGUUGAUCCGUCAGAAGUUAGAAAACAGACCGGUAGAUUUGGCGAGGCCUUUGAAACCACGUGCAAGGACAAAACAGAAGAUGUGAAACAAGGAUGGAUACGAGUUCUGUCAGAUAUAGCAAGUAUAGCUGGAGAGCAUCUUCAGAAUGGGAGUGACGAAGCAAGCAUGACUGAGAAAAUCGCCAAUGAUGUUUCAAAUAAACUGGUUACACGAUCUAAUGAUUUUGGCGGCUUCGUGGGGAUUGAAGCUCAUUUAGAGGCAUUGAAUUCAAUGUUGUGCUUGGAAUCCAAGGAAGCUAGAAUGAUAGGGAUUUUAGGAACUUCAGGGAUUGGUAAGACUACCAUUGCAAGAGCUCUUUUCAGUCAGCUCUUCACUAGCAAUUUCCACCAUCGUGCUUUCGUAGCUUAUAAGAGAACCAUCCGAGAUGACUAUGGCAUGAAGUUGAGUUGGGAAGAACAAUUUCUGUCGGACAUCCUAGGCCAGAAGGACUUUAAGAUAUACCAUUUAGGAAUGGUGGAGCAAAGGUUAAAGCACAAGAAAGUUCUUAUCGUUCUUGAUGAUGUUGAUGAUCUAGAGCUACUAAAAACCUUGGUUGGACAAACUCGAUGGUUUGGAUCAGGGAGCAGAAUUAUUGUGAUCACCCAAGAUAGGCGACUUCUCAAGGCUCAUAAGAUUAAUCUUAUAUAUGAAGUGGAGUUCCCAUCUAAAGCUCUUUCUCUUAAGAUGUUAUGCCGAUCUGCUUUUGAGCAAGACUCCCCACCCCGUGGUUUUAUGGAAGUCGCAGUUCAAGUGGCCGAGCUCACGGGUAAUCUUCCUUUGGGUCUCAGUAUCUUGGGUUCGUCUUUAAGAGGAAGGGAAAAAAAAGAGUGGAUGGAGAUGCUCCCUGAGCUACAAAAUGGUUUGGACGAAGAUAUUGAGAAAAUAUUAAGAGCUAGCUACGAUAAGUUAGAUAAAAAAUGCCAAGAGUUAUUUAUUUACAUCGCGUUUGCAUGUUUGUUCAAUGGUGCGCAAGUCAGUUACAUCAAAGACUUGCUCGAAGAUAGGCUUAGCGUUAGGCUUACAAUGUUGGCUGAUAAGUCCUUCAUUCGUAUAACAUCACCAUAUGAAACUAUAGAGAUGCACAGUUUGCUACAGAAGUUGGGCAGAGAAAUCGUUCACGCAGAGUCCAUUGAUAAUCCUGGAAAACGUCGAUUUCUGGUGGAUGCUGAUGAUAUUGUCGAUGUAUUUACCCAUAAUACUGGCACGGAAACUUUGGUUGGAAUAUAUUUCAACACAUCAGAUAUCAGUGAGCCAUUUUUCAUACAUGAAAAGUCAUUCGAAGGCAUCCAUAAUCUCCAGUUUCUAAUAGUUUGCGAUUAUGGCUGGGGGAGAAAGAAUGAAGCCAGAUUGUAUCUACCUCAGGGCCUCGUUCAUUUGCCCCGUAAACUCAGAUUGCUAAUCUGGAAUAAUUAUCCACUAAAGUGUUUUCCAUCUAAUUUUAAGGCCGAGUUUCUCGUUGAACUGGAAAUGGAGGAUAGUAAGCUUGAGAAGCUGUGGGAAGGAACUCAGGCACUUGGAAGCCUCAAGAAGAUAAAUAUGCGUAAUUCGAGAUAUUUGAAAGAAAUUCCAGAUCUAUCUUUAGCCAUAAACCUUGAGAAAUUAUAUCUUUUUGGAUGCAAGUCCUUGUUGACACUUCAUUCCUCGAUUCAGUAUGUCAUUAAACUGAGGAGGUUAAAUAUGGGGAAUUGCACAAAGCUAGAGAGUGUUCCAACUCAUGUCAACUUAAAAUCAUUGAAGUCUCUAGAGUACCUCAAUCUCAGAGGAUGCAUCCGGUUGAGGAAUUUCCCUCAGAUUUCGUUGUACAAUUCAACCGGUUUCUUUUGGUCGGAAUUAAUAUCAACCGUCAGUUAUCUUGAGCAGGCGUCUUCUUCUUCUCGCAGCAGAUAUGAUGUUUUCCCGAGCUUCAGUGGAGCAGAUGUUCGCAAAUCAUUCCUCGGCCAUGUUAUGAAGGAGCUCGACUACAAAUCAAUUAAAACAUUCAAAGACCACAGGAUCGAGAGAAGCCGCUCAAUCGGCCAUGAGCUUUUAUCAGCGAUUAGAGAAUCGAGGAUCUCAAUCGUCAUAUUCUCUAAGAACUACGCUUCUUCCACGUGGUGCUUAAAUGAAUUGGUGGAGAUCCAUGAUCAGUCUUGUAAGACAUUGUUGGGGAGGAGAUCAGUGAUUCCGAUUUUCUACGACGUUGAUCCUUCGGAAGUUAGAAAACAGACCGGUGAAUUUGGCGAGGUCUUUAAAUUGACAUGCGAGCGCAGACCAGAGGAGGACAAACAAAGAUGGAUACAAGCUCUCGUAGAUGUAGCUAAUAUGGCUGGAGUGGAUUCUCGAAACUGGUGUGACGAAGCAACCAUGGUUAAAAAGAUAGCCGAAGAUGUUUUAAAUAACAUUAUUACACCAUGGAAUUUUUUUGACGAAUCGGUCGGACUUGAAGCUCAUAUAGGCAACGAGUUCAAUAUCAAGAAGAGAAGAUUGUAGAAAUUGCUGGAUCUUCAGGGCAAUUCGAGAUGACUAUGUCAUGAAGUUGUUGCACUGGGAAGAACACUCAAAAUGGACAUAAAAAUAGAGCAAUUAGGUGUGGUGGAGCAAAGGCUUAAAGCACAAGAAAGUUCAUAUAUAUCGUUCUUGAUGGUGUUGAUCAUAGGUCUGUUUAAGACCUUCGUGGGAGAAACUGUAUGGUUUAAUUGUGUUAGGAAGCAAAACUAUCAUGUGAACUGAUUACGAAUAAGUAUGGACGAAAUGUUGAUAUUUUUAACUUUGUAAA